AUGUCGUCUGGGCUGGCCUCGGACGAAGUGGCCGAGGACUACAAGAACUCCUUGGAGGAUCUAAUUACCAAUGACAGGUUUCAGAUCAGCAAUUUGACCGUCAUCGCGAAGGAGAACACGGAACAUGCGAUGGCUAUUUCUCGCGUCUUGGAAAAUCACAUUCGAACAACACCGCCGGCGCAGAAACUUCCUGCUUUGUAUGUAGUCGACUCGAUCGUCAAAAACGUAGGGACUCCCUACACGUUGUUCCUAGGCCGGAACAUGUACCAGACCUUCAUGAACGCCUACACCUUGGUCGAUUCGCAGACGCGCCGGAAACUGGAUGAGAUGUUGAAAACGUGGAAAGAGCCUGUCCCGGGGUCACUGGAUACCAGGCCAGUCUUUCCUCCUGACAUCACUCGCAGUAUCGAGAGCGCUUUGAUCAAAGCGAGAACGGCUGCCCUGCAGCAACAACAGGCUCGGGGCCAACAAGAGGUUCUUGGUCGCGGUCGAGUCGGAACUCCCCCUGGUUGGGGCAAUACACCCACGCCCCCUCAGGGGAUACCUCGGCAUCCGCCUUCCAUGCCGUACUCUCGGAAUGGAUCAGGCCAUGGGUACCAGGCUUCGCAGGGUGAUCCGCGCUCAUCGUCAACACCACAGCCUCCGCAGCACCGUGAGGUUGAUCUCGCCGCGUUGAACCGAGAUAUUGAGGUUCUCAUUACGAGUGCUCGAGCGGAUUUUGCUACCAACCCGUUGGACCCGUCGGUGCAACAGCGUCUCAAGGCUCUUUUGGAUCUCCAGGGGAUUCUACAGCGCCAGGAGCUUACACAGGAGCAGCUGAAGUUGGUCCGAGAUCAGAUCUCCGUCCUGACUCCCAAGCGUUCCACCUCGACUCCUCAGUCCUACCUCCCUAAUCUUUCCAAUCUUCCUAAUCUCCCCGCCAUGUCCGCAACGCCCAUGGCCCCACCUGCGGGCCAACCUGUCUCACAACCGCUCCAACAGCUUCUCAAUCCUGGAACACUCGCCGAACUGAUAAAGAAUACUGCUGCGCGCCAACAGCCUACUCCGCCUCCCCAAAUCCCCAAUAUCCUACCCCAGAUGGCGACGAACAGCAGCAUACCUCAGCCUAGUGUUACUCCGGUACCAGAGAAUCCUCUUCUUGCAGCCCUCCGGGCCCGCGGUCUCUUGCCUUCGGCUUCCGCUCCCCCAGCCGCUUCCGCCGUCCCAUCGGCAAAUCUCGCGUCUGCUUUUCCGUUAGUCAUGCCUGGUCAAGUACGAUUUACUCCUCCGGUCUCGACUCCCCAGCCCUCCAACAUCUCAAAUGGCCAACUGGAAGUUCAAAUGAACACUGCAUCUAUCAAAAUACCCCGACCCGGGCUGCUGGCUAGUCUUUAUGAAGCGAAGUCCAAUCGAUGUGGCACCUGUGGCCGUCGCUUUCACGCAACCGAGGAGGGCAAGGAGAAGAAAGCCCGUCACUUGGACUGGCAUUUCAAGACAAACCAACGGAUGGCAGACGCUGCUCGGCGCGCUCAGAACCGCAGUUGGUAUGUCGACGAGCGGGAUUGGAUCAAAUCUCGAGAAGCGGUCGACGACCAGAACCUCGACACGGAAACGCCAAACGAGGGCGCAACUGCGGGGGAUGGUGAAUCCGCCCACAAAGGACCCCCGAAACAGUGGAUCCGUGCACCGAACGAUGCCACCUUGAGGAAUACCCCUUGCCCUAUCUGUCAAGAGAAAUUCGAAUCUACGUGGUCCGAAGACGUCCAAGACUGGAUUUGGCAAGAUGCAGUCAAGGUGGGCAAUCGCGUAUACCACGCCAGUUGCUAUUCCGAAGUGACCAAGGAUGGGCCUACACCCGCGCAGCGAGGCACACCGGCCGGGCGAACAGGGACUCCGGAUUCCGUGCUUGGAAAGCGCAAAGCGGCAGAGGGAGUGGAAUCGCCAGGGCAGAAUGCUCGUGUCAAGACAGAACCGAUGUAA